AUGGAGAAUCUCGGUAAACCGGUGAUAAUUACGGGAAGUCAGAUACCAGUCGCCGAAGUACGUUCGGAUGGCAUGGAGAAUCUCAUAGGAGCUUUAGUGGUAGCUGGAAACUUAGACAUUCCUGAGGCCUAUAAUAAUUACGACGGGUUUGUCGUGCUACAUGGCACCGACACAUUAGCAUACACGGCUAGUGCAUUAUCGUUUAUGAUGGAGAAUCUCGGUAAACCGGUGAUAAUUACGGGAAGUCAGAUACCAGUCGCCGAAGUACGUUCGGAUGGCAUGGAGAAUCUCAUAGGAGCUUUAGUGGUAGCUGGAAACUUAGACAUUCCUGAGGUGUGUGUUUACUUUAACAAUAAAUUGAUGCGAGGAAAUCGCACCAUCAAGCUCGACAAUGCAGCUCUCGAGGCUUUUGACAGUCCAAAUAUGCAUCCACUUGCCAAGAUGGAUAUCAAAAUCAAAGUGAACUAUGAUUCGAUUUUCCGCAGCCCCAAUGUGAAUCCGUUCACCGUUCACGACAAACUUUGCCGAGAUGUGGGAUUGCUUCGAAUUUUCCCUUCAAUGAGCAUUGAAUCGGUACGUGCAUUCCUGAAACCGCCAACAAAGGGAGUCAUCCUGCAGACAUUUGGUGCCGGUAAUAUGCCGACGAGGCGAAAGGAUAUCAUUGAAGCUUUAACCGAAGCUAUCAAAAGAGGGUGUCUUGUCGUCAACUGUUCUCAGUGUGUCAAGGGGCAAGUUGACGUGAACUAUGCUACUGGAAAGGUGCUCUAUGAUAUCGGUGUGAUACCUGGAUCAGAUAUGACAUCUGAAGCAGCAAUGGCUAAAAUGUGCUAUGUAUUGGGUAAAGACGAAUGGGAUCACGAGACUAAGCGAAUGAUGCUUCAAGCAAAUCUUCGUGGUGAAAUGACCGUCACCAACAAGGCGGCAAAAAUGCGUGAACUUGAUAUCAUUCCCCACAUCGCUAGAUGUCUACGAUUAUCAUCCGGUAAUGAGGUGAAACUGAUUCGCGAUACUAUACUUCCGCCAUUACUUUGCAAUGCAGCGAAGACGAAUAAAGUGGAAAUCCUCAAAAAUGUCCAGGUAUUCACGACAAUCGUUCCAGCCGUUUUUCUGGGUUUUCUAGUUACUUUACUGUUUUCUAGUUUACUCAUUUGCUUCGAAGUAGUGGUAUUCCAAAGAAUCCUGCCUAUUCAGUCUGGAAACUCCGAUAAAUCUCUUCCCAUAGUUCUUAUACGUUAUUGA